AUGCCACCUAAACUUCAUUAUGCAAUUAUCCCUGGUGAUAGUUUUGUAGUCAGUUGGACACAGAGGACAUCAGCUGCAAGAGAUAAAUUGGAGCUUGACGAGGAGGUUAGUCUGAAGAUGGAGACUGAAGAGGAAGCGCUGUGCUUCCCUCAUCUCCUCAACAGCUCCUGCAGAAAGAGCCAGAGUCACUCAUUUCACGUGUAUUUUGUUUAUGCCCUGCUUACCCUCAUCUCCUUGUUCACCACCAUCCUUAACCUACUGGUCAUCAUCUCCAUUGCACACUUUAGACAGCUUCACUCCUCCACUAACCUCAUCCUCCUCUCCCUCGCUGUGUCUGACUUCCUCAUUGGCCUAGUGGUAAUACCGAUUCAUGGGCUGAUGUGGAGGACCUGUUGGUUUUUUGGGGACAUUUUGUGUGCUUUGUAUUACCUUCUUCCUUCAUCUUUAACUACAAGUUCAGUUGAAACAGUAGUUCUCAUUUCAGUAGACCGUUACUUAGCCAUUAUUGACCCAUUGCAUUACCAAAUCAGAAUGACUGACAAAGUGGUUAAUCGCAGCAUUUCAUUGUGUUGGUUGUACGCAUUUAUUUAUGCUAUUUUUAUUUCAUUUGACAACUUGCAAAACCCUGGCAAAUAUAAGUCGUGCGAUGGGGAGUGCAUGGUUCACUUCUCCAAGGAAGCUGAUAUCAUUUUUGUGUUUGUCAUACCAGUGAUUAUCAUCAUUGUCCUGUAUAUGAGAGUGUUUGUAGUAGCUAUGUCCCAGGCGCGAAUCAUGCGAUCUCAUGUUACUACGGUGACAUGUAAAGCCUCCAAAAACACUGAGAUUAAAGCUGCUAGGAACCUAGGUAUUGUAGUGAUUGUGUAUCUGAUGUGUUACUGUCCCUACUACUGUGUGGCCUAUUCUGGGGUCAACCUACUGUUUCUGGGGGCUCCAAUAGAAAUGGUCAUGCUCUUCCUCAUGCUGUUUAACUCCUGCCUAAACCCUCUGAUCUAUGCUAUGCUUUACCCAUGGUUUAGGAAAACUAUUGAACUCAUUGUCACACUUAAGAUUCUGAGAUCUGGGUCACGAGACUUUAUGGUCCUCUAA